CUAAAGAAAGUAAAAACAUGGCAGGAGAUAAAUGCGACUUUGAGCAAACUUUUUAUUUUAGUCCACUUCCCUCCAUUAAGCUCUCCUUCCUACAGGACCGAUAUACUUUACAAUUGUUGAUGAAAUGGUCCAUGCUGGGAAGGAUUUCAGCUCAGUCUUACAGCUUUGACCAGAGCUUUCACCCUUACAACAGUGAGAAGUUUGCACAGAGUUUCUUCAGAGAUCCCCAUGUGGUAUCCAGUCUGAGAAAGAUGGAGGCCGGAGCCUGGUUGCAUCUUGACAAGCCAGUGGUGUCUGUUGAUGUGGAGCCAGUGCCGUGCACUAAGGUCUCCAUGGAGCUGUUUGAUCCAAUCUACUCUUGUGGGAUCCUGAGGCCCUCUGGACAUGUAGUUAAAUGCCUUCAUGAUGUCUACCCCGACUAUGAUGAACUCAGACAGAUGUUGCAGGAGGAGGACUCCGAGCACUACUGUGUGUUUGGGAGAGAGGAGCGAGGAGAGCUUCUGUUUCGCCUCUUCAAGCACCUUUGUGUCGGAGGAGAGCUCUGUCAGUACGAAGAAACCAUCGAUCCUUACAUCAGCACCACGAAGCAACUCUACAAAGACCUGGUCAGUGUUCAGAAGGAUCCAGAGACUAAGAAGAUCAGUGUUGUCUCCACAGUCCUUAAAGUCUGCGCCUAUGAUGAGUCUGGGCGAUGUUACCCCGGAAGAGGAGAGGAGGAGCAGACGUUUGCCUAUUUGAUCGUCGACCCCUUCAAACGACACGUGACUUUGUUCUACCACAGCUACGGUGUAGGAACCUUCACAUUGUGACAGCGAAGAACUUGAAGAUGUCCCGUAGAGCUUUACAGACUCCUGUUGGACGUGUGUAUGUAGAAACAUGUGAGCUCAGACUGGGAGCCGUACCCAGAAAUCAGUUGUACACAAUGCAUUCCCAGUUUGAGUUACAAAGGAGAAGGAUUCAUUAUUCUGUUCUAUUAAAGUUUGU